AUGACAAAGAAAGGUGCGUCAGCAGCCUCGUUGUCGUCGGACGCAUUGGAUAAUGGUGUAGGCGUAGGCCGUUUUGUAUGUUCGAUGUGUGCGAAAGUCUACCGAUCUGGUGCUGGAUUACGUUAUCAUAAACGAAAAAGACAUCGAGGCAUGGUCGAACCAACGGCGCUCCAUCGAGUCAAGUGCCAGGAGCCUGACUGUACAUAUCAGAUGUUAGCUAUCUCUGAUCUUCGAAAUCAUCUAGCGAAUCAUCAUCAAAAACCAGAGUACAAAUGUACCGAAGAAAAAAAAUUCAUAAGUGUUGCAGAUUUCACUGAUUGGAAAUCAACCUUUGAAAGUCGUACCGGAUCAAAAUAUGUUAAAAAUUGUGGUGCCAAAGGCAAAUCAGAUAAUCAAACAACCGAAUAUUACUAUUGUAAUCGUACUGGACCGUAUAAAACAGUUGGUCAAGGUUUACGUCGUAGCAAAGCUCAAGGUGCAUUACGCUGUGGUAUUCAUUGUACAUCGUCUAUGAAAGUUGAAAUACAAAAUGAUGAACACAUUACUGUUCAAUAUUAUCCAGCUCAUUAUGGACAUUCACAUUUGCCAGCUUCCGAUGAACCAUACAUAUCCGAAAAUAGUAUGACUAUUGGUGGUAUAAAUGGAAGUUCAUCGUCAACAACUAUGAUGAAUGGUCAUCAUCAACAGCAACAGCAACAACAACAAGAAAAUGGACAUAAUCUAUUAUCAAAUUAUCCAUCACAGAGUGGUGAUCGUUCUUCCUCAUCAUCACCUGGCUCGUCGUCGACCAGUCCAUCAGGUGGUUCAAAUUCAAAUUCGAAUCAUCCAACGCCAUCGUCAUCGUCAUCAUUAUUGAUGUCUACAGAACGACAAUCAAUGACGACAUCAAAUUCAUUGAUAAAAAACGUUAACAAUACGUAUAAUAAUCAUAAUUCACUACAAAAUCAUAUGUCACAUUGUAUUAUAAUAUCACCAUCGUUUAUACUUGAAGAAAAUGUUUCAUCACAUUCCAAUCAUCAUUCAACGCCGGUGCUUGUUGUCCAACAACAACAACAACAACAACAACAACAACAACAAACGAAUAAUCAUUUAUCAUCCACAACUGCUAUUGUUACUCCGACAACAAAUUUAGCAGUUAAAAAAGAAAAAUGUGUAUCAGAUAUAAUGCGUGAAGCAUUUCAACUUUUAUCUUAUUGGCCAUUAGAUCAUCAUCAUGGUCUUGUUACUACAGAGAAUGAACAACAGAUUCAUCAUUCUCAUAUUAAUAUGGAUGAACAUCUUAUGUUCUAA